GAGAUAGUAGCAGGAUGGACGCGGAGAGAUAGACGAAGAAAAUGCUAUUGCCAGAGAGAAGAAAAUAAAAACAACCAAACUUUUUAAAAAAAAAAAAAAAAAAAACAAAUCGCAAGAGGAGACGCAGACAGAGGCGGGAGGCGCGCGCUGAAGAGAAGGCGCGUGCGUGCGUGCGUGUGUGAGAGAGAGUGUGUGUUUUUAUGAAUGAAGUGGUGACUCAGGAUGUGUCAUACCCCCGUCUUUAUAAAGGAAGUUUUAAACAAGCCUAAACAUUUCACUUCGCGAAAAAUUAGACUUACACAUACUCGCAUCCCUCUCUGUCUGUCUCUCCCUAAAUACACCUCAUCUCUCCCUCACCGUGUAUCUUUCCAUCCUCACUCGCGUUUAACACUUAACAACACAUUGGGACUGAAUAGAGGCUUUAUCUGGAGCAACUUUUGCUGCUUUUCCUUGUUCUUGCUAAUUCUGCACUUUUGACAUUCAUUCAUUUUCCUCCUCACCUCACGCUCUGCACUGUCUCGAGCCGUUCACGCGGACACAGGGAGAGAGACAAGAACUUUCGAGCACGUGACAAUAUCUGGAACCUCAUUUAUUUAUAAGUUUUAUUUAUUUAUUUAUUUAUUUGUUUUCGCGUUUAUUUAUUUGCAACCUAUCUACCUUUUUUAUCAAGGACUUGGACAAAUAUGAAACUGCUGGGUGACUCCUCUUCGCUGCUCCUCUCACUGCUGUUGGCUCAGCUGCAUCUCUUAACGUCGGCCUUCCCUUCCCGGAGAUUUCAUCCUGACUUUGACAAGCUGACCAAUCAGACCAGACACCUUCUCAAGCUGACUCAGGAUCUACUGAAAGAUCCCGUGUUUGGCACGGAGGUUGAUCACCACAGGUUCAAGUCUCUUCCAGCGAUCAAUAGCAAAGUUGGUGACCUUAACAAUCUGGAGUUCAAGCCUACUCUUUCUCAACUCCAUGCAGACCUAAAGUCAUUUGAGCAUCAUUUUGAGUGGCUGAACAGAAUUACACGCAGACAGCACCACAGCUCAGUACCAAAGUUGACAGACAUGAUCUCUCAUAUUAAAAGCCUUAUAAACUCCUUACAGCGUCAGAUGACACGAGCAGAGGCUCCCCGGAUCCCCGUCCCCUCUCCAUCGCUCCCACCUACUCCCGCUUACCACUGGGAAGUGGUUCAGUCGUCCCAGGAACUCUUGCAGCAGUUCAGACUCUUCUGUGAUUGGGCAUCACGAGUAUUCCUUACUUUUAAAUCUAAAUUGCCAGCAUGAAGACACACUUAAACAACAUCUGGCAGUGAAUUACAAUACAGCAUAGACGGGCAGGACUCGGUGACAACUACAGCCAGAUCUGCAUGACGGACAUAAGCAGUAAUGCAACAAAUGGUAGCCUGUGUAGUAAGGGUAGUUUGUGCUGCCAUUACUAGUCCACUGGCACAUUGCACCAGCAGUUCAAAAGGCUAUAGUCACAUGGCUGGAUAUUGAGAUCUUUAUCAGUGAAGAAGUCUGAUCAUGAACUUACAGUUCAAUGUACCUGCUCCGGUCGACACCCUGCUUUUGAUGUUUAGUUUAACUUUAAACCUUCAUUUGCUUUUCUUUUUAUACCAUUUUUUCAGACCUGAUUGUUAUUUAUGUAUUUAUUUAUUUAUUAAUUAGUUAUUUAUUUUAUACUAUUUAUUUGAUUUUCUCGAUAAAUAUGUCAACAAAAUUGUCAACGUUCUUUAGGUCAGGAAGUAAAAUGUACUUUCUUUCUUUCUUCCUUUGAUUUCUAUGUGUCCUACAGCUUUUCCUGUAUCACAAAAAGCACAUCACCAACUUUUUCUGUUUCUGAUUUUCUGUUUCAUUGUUGCCUGUAGGCUACAAUACUCUGCCACUAUGUAGCAUUAUUUUUGGGAGUCUAAUUUUUUCUCAGUGCUGAAUGAGAGAGAACUAUUACUGACCUAAACUUUGCUUGUCUUUCUUUGUUGUUGUUGUUUCUUUUGCACAUCAUACUGGGGUUUAUAUUUCUAAAUCUGUUUUGUGAUUCAGCACAAUGUUUAAAAAACCUUAGUUCAAGCAACAUCAAGGAGAAACAGACAACCCAAGCCUUAAAAUACUAUGUAUUGUGAAACUUUGGUACUGUACAUACAUGUUCCAGAAUGUAAAUUGGUGUAUACAAUGCAAUUUUGUAUGAUAUAGUUUUCUACAAGGUUUAGUGCUUUAUCAAUGUAUGCAAAACAAUAUUAUUUUAGUUUUCUUUUUCCUUAUUUAUUGCUAUUAUAAUAAUUAUUGUGUUUAUUAUUAUUAAAAUUAUUAUUAUUUUACAAAUUAUUUAUUUUUUACUGAUGAGAAUCAAAUCUUUUGACGUUUUGUACUUUUAUACUACAUAUUAUAAGUCAUCUCUAUUUAGGUCCAUUUUAAUGUCUACUUAGUCUGAAAGUUUCUACAUGUACGUGCACUAAAAAUUCAGAAACUGACUUUUUGUUUAACUGUUUGCUUUGUGGGAGAGACA